AGAAAAGCAUCAUCCUAAAUUACCUCGCGAAUUGGCCAGGCCACCCAUCAACCCCAUGCCUUUUGCGGAGUCUCCAAAUGCCCGGAGCAAGACUAUCACCGUCGCAGACGGUCCCAACACUGGAGGGGCAUUAAAUCAACACCCAUCUCAUUCCUUCGCCUUUGAUGUCGGCGUUGCAGAAGACAAGGGUACGAGGAGGACGAUGGAAGACUCUCAUUCAUUCGUAGUCGAUUUCGACGACAUACGUGGUCAAGGCUACUUUGGACUCUUUGACGGCCACGCAGGCAAACAUGCUGCAGAAUGGUGCGGACAACACUUUCAUGAGGUUGCAGAGCUCCCAGAGGUCGACAAUGGAAAACGAUGGAAAAAUAGCUCAAGCUCGCAGCUGCCGAUCCCCGCGG